UUCGGUAUAUGUAUAUAUCAGUUCUCUAUCUCUAUGCAACCGGAAUGCAUUUCUUCCUCGUGUCUCGCUGAUGCUGGAACCGCUAUUGCCUCCUCUCUCUUUCUCUUUAUCUCUUAUUUACCCUCCAUCACACUUUUGUCUCCUCCGACCUUCGUCCUUAACGUAUCAGUUCCACAGUACUUGCGUGGUAGCGGCCGUUUUCACAGCGACCUCACUACGAAACCUCACAACCAGUUCCAGUUACUAAUAGUCCGUUUGCUACUUGAUGCGGCAACAGUUAUUCCUCGCUGCUCUCGCUGACUGCCUAUUUAUCUCCCAAUCAAUGAUUUCUUUUCUCCUUGCAUUCCCUUACUUGUUUUCUUCGCAAAUAAUUAUAUUCUAUUUUCUUACACUCGCGCGAUUCUUAUCCGAAUGUCCGUGAACGCCCGAUAAGAGUCACAGUGUCAGGGUCAGUGUGAGUGGGGCAACGCAGCGGCGUGUAAAAACGAACGUCAGGAGAGUUUGCGGUGUGAUACGAGUGAAGGAGUUCACCUCGUCUCUCUCUCUCUCUCUCUCCCGCCUGACAACCGUUAUCAGUCAACCGUCAACGAAACAUGUCUCUCAUCGUCGACUGCUUUCGCCGUCUGACGGACAUCUCGUCCUGCAAAAGCGAGCUCAAAGGCUACAAAGUGACCGAUGUGAAUCGUACACGAAAAAUCGGUAUUGCCUGCCGAAAUUUUCAGGAUUUAAAACAGAAGGCGUGUUCAAAGUUAAAUGUAACUAACGACCCAACAGAAGUGAAUGUCUUCCUUUUAGACGGAUCAUUGAUCGAUGAAGAAUAUUUUCAUACAUUGGAACCACAGACUACUUUGAUCUUGCAAAAGCCUGGAGAAAAAGUGUUAUCUGACGCGGACAUUCUCUAUGAAGCACUGAGACGCGUGAACAUUGAUUUCCUCACUGCCGGCGACAGGGUGACGCAAUUCCUGACAGAGAAUCUUAAAGGAAAAGUCGCUUUGUUGAACAAAGUGUUGAACAAGGAUGAUUCUAAGACAGCGCUCAGUACAAGGGAGGAACAUCCGGAGUGGUUUGAAAAUUUGGAAACUAAUUGCAUGACGAAGGAAGCAUACAUGCAUCGCAGAUGUCAGGAUAGAAUACGCACUUAUCUUUAUAAAACGAUUGAACAAAUUAAAUGUUCAGACGUGUUCAUGAACGAUUACAAGGCGAGGCAACAGCUUCUGCAUACAAUAGCAUUCUUCAAACUUCAACUUAAGCAGGAUCACUAUUUCGGGUAUUAUUUUGACAGGAGCAGAGCAGAGUCUGACACUAAAAGCGACAAUGACGAGACCGAUUAUGAUCGAUGUUACGAACACUGUCCCUGCAAUUUUGGUCGUAUUGACGAUGAAACAUAUCUUCAUCAACGAUAUCUACGUUUACCUCAGUCAUCCGAUACUAAUUCGAUUGCUAAUUCAGAUAAGAUUGACGAAACGGACGCAAGGAAGUGCCUCGCGUCUGAGAAAAACACGAAAACGGCGAAUGACGAUUCGGAGAGCUGUUUUUAUCGUGUGAAACUACGAGAAAAGCAAAUUGCUAUUUGCAAUAAGAAAGGCGAAUUCAAAUGCGAAGGUCGGUGGAACACCGAUGGCUGUCCCUACGGCGAUAGACACAAGAUUAAUCCAUACAAAUCCAAGGAGGAUCUUGUCUUAUUCUCUACAUGGAAUUUGGAUCACAAAAUUGAAAGAUCCAGGACACUUAUUCCAAAGCUGCUGCAGAUCUCGCGACAAGACACGAUUAAUGAAGAGGAUAUCUACGACUGUUAUGACAAUCUGUUUACCGUGAAGAAUUUAAGACUAGUCCAUAUCGUAUGCCACGAUAAAGGAUCGCAUAAAUAAGCACUAACACUUCUGGAAGAUAAUAGGGGUUUGGCACAUAUAUUACGCUUCCAAAAGUGCCAAUCGUAUAUAUGUGAAUG